UGUGGCUCAGUGAAGGCCCACUUAUUCUCUGAUUUGUGAGCUCCAGCAUCACUUCCUCCGUGAAGCUUCCCCCCACUUCCCCAGGGUGGGACUAAGAGCACCUCGUACUCAUUUGUUAAUAUGCCGACUCCAACAGUCACCCCACAGUGCCCAGCACAGGGCCUGACAUGUAAGAGGCCCCAGUGAAUGUUUGCUGGUAAAAGAACAAAGGCACUAAGGUGCUGGAGGAGGAAACCGGCGGAGCAGCUUCCCCACUCUCAGUUGCGCGUCUGGCGAUGGCGAUGAGAGGUCUUGCUGCGCUGUCCGCCGCGCUCUCCCUCCAUUAGCCGCGCUGCGCCGUGCUGCGCCCUCUCUGGUGCCUCUCUCCUGGGACCCGGGAUCGGGCCCCCCUUCCAGGCACGACCCCCUCCCCCGGCCCUUCGGCCUUUCCCCUGACUCGGCCGUUUCCGUCCCGGGGCGCACGUUCCCCCCGGCCCGGCUCCCACUCUCCCUCCGGGGGCACCCGCUCCCUAGCCCCGGCCCGGUCCUCCCCGCGGCGCAGCACGGAGUCUCGGCGUCCCAUGGCGCAACCCACGGCCUCGGCCCAGAAGCUGGUGCGGCCAAUCCGCGCCGUGUGCCGCAUCCUGCAAAUCCCGGAAUCCGACCCCUCCAACCUGCGGCCCUAGAGCGCCCCCGCCGCCCCGG